CCUUGCCAUCCAUCUCACACACAGCGCAAACGUCACAGUCAUGGCUGAGCACCCCGCAUUCACAUUGGCAGGCCUGUUGGCUGCCGGCGGCACCUUCGGCUUCGUCCGCACGCGUUCCAAGCCGUCUCUCAUCGCAGGCCUGACUCUCGGCACGAGCUUUGCCUUUGCAGGAUACCUCCUGAAGAAGAACAAGGACUAUGGCGCCGAGCUCGCGCUGGGCAGCAGCGUCGUCCUGCUGGGCGCCGGCGCCCAGCGGCUCGUCGCCACGCAGGCAAGGUCCCGCCCGGCCAUCGGCCUGACCGUCGCCGGCGCGCUGUCGACAUUCUACUAUCAGAAGAAGUUUCGGGAGUUUCGCUUUGGCGUGUGAGCUCUCGUCGCCGUGUUUGGGUUUCCUGGGGCGUGGUUGGGCCGGCCCGUCAUGUGUAUUCUACUGGUGAGCUGGGACAGCUUUGUAACAAGAAUAGAUGUACUUGCUUGC